GUUUCACCAUGUUGGCCAGGCUGAUCUGGAACUCAACGACCUCAGCUUAUCUGCCUGCCUUCGCCUCCCAAAGUGCUGGGAUUACAGACGUGAGCCACCGCACCUGGCCUGAGAUGACUUUUUAAAUGCCAUAACAAGUCCUUGCUCCAGGACAAGAAUAAUAUGUUGACUCAAGCCGUAUGGGGGGAUUUGAACUGCAGACACUCAGAUGUCUCCUUUCUGAGAGCGUUUCCCAAAGUGUAUUCUGCGGAACUAGCACCUACUGUGUUCUCAACACCGUGCCACCUAUAGAAGAUGAUCAUGGGAACAGCAAUAGUAGUCAUGUAAAAAUCUUUUUACCGAAAAAGCUGCUUGAAUGUCUGCCGAAAUGUUCAAGUUUACCAAAAGAGAGGCACCGCUGGAACACUAAUGAGGAAAUUGCAGCUUAUUUAAUAACAUUUGAGAAACACGAAGAAUGGCUAACCACCUCCCCUAAGACAAGACCACAGAAUGGCUCAAUGAUACUCUACAACAGGAAGAAAGUGAAAUACAGGAAAGAUGGGUAUUGCUGGAAAAAGAGGAAAGAUGGGAAAACGACCAGAGAGGACCACAUGAAACUCAAGGUCCAGGGAGUGGAGUGCUUGUACGGCUGCUAUGUCCAUUCCUCCAUCAUCCCCACCUUCCACCGGAGGUGCUACUGGCUCCUUCAGAACCCCGACAUCGUCCUGGUGCACUACCUGAAUGUGCCAGCCAUUGAGGACUGCGGCAAGCCCUGCGGCCCCAUCCUCUGCUCCAUCAACACCGACAAGAAGGAGUGGGCGAAAUGGACUAAAGAAGAGCUCAUCGGGCAGCUGAAACCCAUGUUCCACGGCAUCAAGUGGACCUGCAGCAAUGGGAACAGCAGCUCGGGCUUCUCGGUGGAACAGCUGGUGCAGCAGAUCCUCGACAGUCACCAGACCAAGCCCCAGCCGCGGACCCACAACUGCCUCUGCACCGGCAGCCUGGGAGCUGGCAGCAGCGUGCAUCACAAGUGUAACAGUGCCAAACACCGUAUCAUCUCGCCGAAGGUGGAGCCACGGACAGGGGGGUACGGGAGCCACUCGGAGGUGCAGCACAAUGACGUGUCGGAGGGCAAACACGAGCAUAGCCACAGCAAGGGCUCCAGCCGCGAGAAAAGGAACGGCAAGGUGGCCAAGCCCGUGCUGCUACACCAGAGCAGCACCGAGGUCUCCUCUACCAACCAGGUGGAGGUCCCCGACACCACCCAGAGCUCCCCCGUGUCCAUCAGCAGCGGGCUCAACAGCGACCCGGACAUGGUGGACAGCCCGGUGGUCACAGGUGUGUCCAGUAUGGCAGUGGCCUCUGUGAUGGGGAGCUUGUCCCAGAGCGCCACGGUGUUCAUGUCAGAGGUCACCAACGAGGCUGUGUACACCAUGUCCCCCACCGCUGGCCCCAACCACCACCUCCUCUCGCCUGAUGCCUCUCAGGGCCUCGUCCUGGCCGUCAGCUCCGACGGCCACAAGUUCGCCUUCCCCACCACGGGCAGCUCGGAGAGCCUGUCCAUGCUGCCCACCAACGUGUCCGAAGAGCUGGUCCUCUCCACCACCCUCGACGGUGGUCGGAAGAUUCCAGAAACCACCAUGAACUUUGACCCCGACUGUUUCCUUAAUAACCCAAAGCAGGGCCAGACGUACGGGGGUGGAGGCCUGAAAGCCGAGAUGGUCAGCUCCAACAUCCGGCACUCGCCGCCCGGGGAGCGGAGCUUCAGCUUUACCACCGUCCUCACCAAGGAGAUCAAGACCGAGGACACCUCCUUCGAGCAGCAGAUGGCCAAAGAAGCGUACUCCUCCUCCGCGGCGGCCGCGGCAGCCAGCUCCCUCACCCUGACCACCGGCUCCAGCCUCCUGCCGUCGGGCGGCGGCCUGAGUCCCAGCACCACCCUGGAGCAGAUGGACUUCAGUGCCAUCGACUCCAACAAGGACUACACAUCCAGCUUCAGCCAGACGGGCCACAGCCCCCACAUCCACCAGACCCCCUCCCCCAGCUUCUUCCUGCAGGACGCCAGCAAACCCCUCCCCGUCGAGCAGAACGCCCACAGCAGCCUGAGUGACUCUGGGGGCACCUUCGUGAUGCCCACGGUGAAAACGGAGGCCUCGUCCCAAACGAGCUCCUGCAGUGGUCACGUCGAGACGCGGAUAGAGUCCACUUCCUCCCUCCACCUCAUGCAGUUCCAGGCCAACUUCCAGGCCAUGACCGCGGAAGGGGAGGUCACCAUGGAGACCUCGCAGGCGGGGGAAGGGAGCGAGGUCCUGCUCAAGUCUGGGGAGCUGCAGGCCUGUAGCUCUGAGCACUACCUGCAGCCUGAGACCAAUGGCGUGAUCCGCAGUGCCGGCGGCGUCCCCAUCCUCCCGGGCAACGUGGUGCAGGGACUCUACCCCGUGGCCCAGCCCAGCCUUGGCAAUGCCUCCAACAUGGAGCUCAGCCUGGACCACUUUGACAUCUCCUUCAGCAACCAGUUCUCCGACCUGAUCAACGACUUCAUCUCCGUGGAGGGGGGCAGCAGCACCAUCUAUGGGCACCAGCUGGUGUCGGGGGACAGCACGGCACUCUCACAGUCAGAAGACGGGGCGCGGGCCCCCUUCACCCAAGCAGAGAUGUGCCUCCCCUGCUGCAGCCCCCAGCAGGGCAGCCUGCAGCUGAGCAGCUCGGAGGGCGGAGCCAGCACCAUGGCCUACAUGCACGUCGCCGAGGUGGUGUCGGCCGCCUCGGCCCAGGGCACCCUGGGCAUGCUGCAGCAGAGUGGACGGGUGUUCAUGGUGACCGACUAUUCCCCAGAAUGGUCUUACCCAGAGGGAGGAGUGAAGGUCCUCAUCACAGGCCCGUGGCAGGAAGCCAGCAAUAACUACAGUUGCCUGUUUGACCAGAUCUCAGUGCCUGCAUCCCUGAUUCAGCCCGGGGUGCUGCGCUGCUACUGCCCAGCCCAUGACACUGGUCUUGUGACCCUACAAGUUGCCUUCAACAACCAGAUCAUCUCCAACUCGGUGGUGUUUGAGUACAAAGCCCGGGCUCUGCCCACGCUCCCUUCCUCCCAGCACGACUGGCUGUCCUUGGACGAUAACCAGUUCAGGAUGUCCAUCCUGGAACGACUGGAGCAGAUGGAGAGGAGGAUGGCUGAGAUGACGGGGUCCCAGCAGCACAAACAGGCGAGCGGAGGCAGCAGCAGUGGAGGCGGCAGCGGGAGCGGGAAUGGAGGGAGCCAGGCACAGUGUGCUUCUGGGACCGGGGCCUUGGGGAGCUGCUUUGAGAGCCGUGUGGUCGUGGUAUGCGAGAAGAUGAUGAGCCGAGCCUGCUGGGCGAAGUCCAAGCACUUGAUCCACUCCAAGACGUUCCGCGGAAUGACCCUCCUCCACCUGGCCGCUGCCCAGGGCUAUGCCACCCUAAUCCAGACUCUCAUCAAAUGGCGUACAAAGCACGCGGAUAGCAUUGACCUGGAACUGGAAGUUGACCCUUUGAAUGUGGAUCACUUCUCCUGUACCCCUUUGAUGUGGGCGUGUGCCCUAGGGCACUUGGAAGCUGCCGUCGUGCUGUACAAGUGGGACCGUCGGGCCAUCUCGAUUCCUGACUCUCUGGGAAGGCUGCCUUUGGGAAUUGCCAGGUCACGGGGUCAUGUGAAGUUAGCAGAGUGUCUGGAGCACCUGCAGAGAGAUGAGCAGGCUCAGCUUGGACAGAACCCCAGAAUCCACUGUCCUGCAGGCGAAGAGCCCGGCACAGAGAGCUGGAUGGCCCCGUGGCACAGCGAAGCCAUCAGCUCUCCAGAAAUACCCAAGGGAGUCACUGUCAUUGCAAGCACCAACCCAGUACAGGUGACUGGAAAUCCGAAGGGGACCAGUGUAGGAAAGGAGGCAGCACCUCCACAGGUGCGUCCACGGGAGCCAAUGAGUGUCCUGAUGAUGGCUAACAGAGAGGUGGUGAAUACAGAGCUGGGGUCCUACCGUGAUAGUGCAGAAAAUGAAGAAUGCGCCCAGCCCAUGGAUGACAUACAGGUGAACAUGAUGACCUUGGCAGAACACAUUAUUGAAGCUACACCUGACCGAAUCAAGCAGGAGAAUUUUGUGCCCAUGGAGUCCUCAGGAUUGGAAAGAACAGACCCUGCCACCAUUAGCAGUACAAUGAGCUGGCUGGCCAGUUACCUAGCGGAUGCUGACUGCCUGCCCAGUGCUGCCCAGAUCCGAAGUGCAUAUAACGAGCCUCUAACCCCUUCUUCUAAUACCAGCUUGAGCCCUGUCGGCUCUCCCGUCAGUGAAAUCGCUUUUGAGAAACCUAACCUUCCCUCCGCUGCGGAUUGGUCAGAAUUCCUGAGUGCAUCUACCAGUGAGAAGGUAGAGAAUGAGUUUGCUCAGCUCACUCUGUCUGAUCAUGAACAGAGAGAACUCUAUGAGGCUGCCAGGCUUGUCCAGACAGCUUUCCGGAAAUACAAGGGUCGACCCUUGCGGGAACAGCAAGAAGUAGCUGCUGCUGUCAUUCAGCGUUGUUACAGAAAAUAUAAACAGCUGACAUGGAUAGCCUUGAAGUAUGCACUUUAUAAAAAGAUGACACAGGCUGCCAUCCUUAUCCAGAGCAAAUUCCGAAGUUACUAUGAACAAAAAAAAUUCCAGCAGAGCCGACGGGCUGCUGUGCUGAUCCAGAAGUACUACCGAAGUUAUAAGAAAUGUGGCAAAAGACGGCAGGCACGCCGGACGGCUGUGAUUGUACAACAGAAACUCAGGAGCAGUUUGCUAACCAAAAAGCAGGAUCAAGCUGCUCGAAAAAUAAUGAGGUUUCUACGCCGCUGUCGCCACAGCCCCCUGGUGGACCAUAGGCUGUACAAAAGGAGUGAAAGAAUUGAAAAAGGCCAAGGAACUUGAAGACAUACAGCAGCAUCCCUUAGCAAUGUGACAUUGCUUUUCAGACUGUUUUCAUUUCUGUUUUUAGCAGAGACAUGCAACAACACACACACGCACACACACACACACGUACACACACACACAAAAUCCCUCUGCAGUUUUGGGGAGAUCAGCUGCAGGAUUUUAACAGGAAUGUUUUGGUCAUUGCAUUUGCACUUUCAUGGACAACUUUUAAUUUGAUCAGCAAGACAUCUUGGAACUCAAUCUUCUGUUGGAUCAUGGGAAAUCAAGACACCAGGAGGAAUUGAAAGAGGCUUCCUCUUCUCAGGAAGAAGCCAUUUCCUUCUCAUAUAGGGCUGUAUUCAAACAUCGUGUGGAACUGUACAAAUAUUUAUACCAAAAAUAUAGAUAAGAAAAGGUGGGGCUAUACUAGCAACAAAAAAGAAUGCUGUUCCUGCACCUGCCGGUUAUUUCCAAGAAGCUGAAUCUUUGGGAUUGAUUCUCAGUGGAGGGCUUAGAUCAUACAAAAAUCUUUAUUGGGUCCGUGUGUUCUCAUUUCCUUCACUGUUUAUUUUUGUUUGUUUGUUUGUUUGUUUUAAUCUCUACAGCACACUUAAUGCAACUUUUGAAAUCUGCAGGUUUUUAAUGUCUUGUGGAAAUUUGCAGAGGGGCAGGUGUGUGGUAAACGGGUAAUGCAUGGGAAAUAAUGAGAAGCAGCUCACAGAGUUUAAAUUACUUUCUUGUCCCCACCACCUUCCAAGAACCUGCGAGGGUAGUAAUCAUCUUGUCCCCUUUUUCAUGUUCAGCACUUUAAUUUUUUUGCCUUACUUUCAUGUGCAAUGAGAAUUACUUAAGAAUUGGUAAAGCAUGUAGCCUUUUUUAGUAACCUUGGAAGCUGUAGUAAUUCUAAGGAAUCAUGAACCUUGCCUGGACAUUUGCCACCUAAACGAUCAGCGUGGUGCUGCGUUCUGGCCAGUAAAUUCCAUGUUUUUGGCUAUAUCUCAUCCAAACUGAGCAGUUUCUGUGUAUAUAUAGAAGGUAGAAAUGAAAAGUGAGAAAAUAUUUGAAAGGGAUUAUAUUAAUUGCUAAAUAUUUUAUUCACAAAGGUCAAUAACAUGGCAAGAUAAAAUUAUUUGUAUAGUUUGAAUGAGCGAGAAAAAUGUGGAUGUACUGUUUGUAUAUAUUGUAUAUAUUAAAACAAAGAGAUAUGUGCAUGAAAUCAAGAAAAAAGAAAUGAACAAAAGCAAAGCAUUAGUGGCUAUGGUCUGUAAAAUGAAACAAAAAAACUUUAUUUCACUAUAAGAGUACUUUAUUUUAAAUGUUCUUUAGAAGAACAUUUUGCUAAAGCAUGACUAAACUGCAAAAAAAAAAAAAAAAAAAAGAGCUACUGUAUUUAGACUUAGGAAAAAAGGCAGAGUAACAUUACUUAAAAAAAAGGAUAUGUUUACAUUUAAUUUUGGCUACCAGGAGUUUAGUUUACUUUAUUUAAAUUUUUUUUUGCCAAUGGUGCCAAGUAAUGUGAAUGCUAAUACUGCUUAAGAAAAUUAAGUUACUUUUGCAAAACAGAUAAUCAUAAGAUGAAUCAGUAUGUAGCUUAACACCAUCCACUCACUCCGACAAAGAACACUUAGAAUGAUUUAAAAACCUGACAAAAGAAAUAGUAUGAAAAGUAGAAAAAUGUCACGUUUCCAUAUCUCCUGCUGGAAAUCAGAAAAUGUAAUAAAAUUGCACACAAAAAAAUAAAAGGAAAAAGAUGCAGACUGGUCUUUUAGAGAUGGCAUGGUAUAUUACUAUUUCCACAUAAUGAGGAGCCAAAGAAAUCUGAUGCUUUUAACAAUUUACUAAUGUUAAAUUGAGAGGAUAAAGUUUGCAUUUGCUGAUGCCAGUUUAAAAUUCCCAGGUUACGUUUGAGGAUCAGUUGGUGUAAAGCUGAGAUGUUUUUUCUUGGUUCUGGCUGCCAACUGUGAGUUAAAACUCAAGGCUUGUUGUGAAGCCUAAAAAUAUUCACAAAUAAGCUUUUAAACUGGUGUCUUUGGAAGGAAGGUAGAUACAAAAAGAUUGUGGUAAAAACUGGGGUCAGUGCUCUUGGUGCCUUUUCUAUAAUUGUACUUGUUUUUUAAUUACUUCCUUUCACUGCCAACCUCGAAUUACUGUACAGUAUAUGUCUUUCUGCUUGUGAUCAGCUUUGACAACAGUGACAGCCCCACAACUAGUAGCCACCUGUACAUUUGUAAACUGACCUGACUCAAUUUUGUUUUUAAAUGUGUGGGUUAUGUUGCAGCUGUUGCAGUCCCCCAGAUACCUAUUAUUUUACACAGUUUGACCUAUAGGAGGACACUGAGUAAUUUACAAACACAACUGCAUUCAUAAACGAGAAUAGAACGUGAAAGCCAGCUCUUUCAGAAUAUCCUCUAGUAAUACUGAAUUUAGAUAUGUUUAUUCCAUGUAUUAUGGUACAAAUAACUGAUCUUUGACCAGAGUAAUGACCUCAGUGGAUUUGCUUUAACCCUCACGUUUUUUUUUUUUUUAAAUGUUUCACAUGUUACAUUAUUAGCUGAAUACGUUAGAAAAUGACAGAUGAUAGAGAUUUCCAUAGAAUUAAGAGGGUUCUCAUGGAGGGGAUAGGAAGUAGGUUUGAAGCCUACCGGUGUAACCUACCAGUACAACUGUGAAUCCUAGGUGAGGCAAAAAGGCACUUCCACUGAAACGAAGCAUUUCUGACCGCUUUUUCUUGGUUAUGAAUCUUAAUUUCGAAUAUAAGAUGAUAGGUAAGCGCAGCUUUCUUGGAUAAUCUGAAUUCCCAAGUGCCAGGAGUAGGAUUUCAUUAUAAAAUUAAUAGCUAAUCUUAUUCUAUCUCCUGAAGAUUUAAUUGCUAUUCUUGUUACCCAUUCGAAAUCAGCUGUACUGUGUGAACGAAAUAAAGACAAUAACACGAACCCCUCUCUGGCUGCACGGUCGCUUAUGGCAGUUCCACACAGUAGUUGGCGCCCAAUGGGGGGUCCCUGAGACUUGCAUGUAAAACUAGUCUAGAUGUCUUCUUUUUUGUAAGUUUUAUUUUUGUAAUUGUGCAUGUAAAGCAUCAUUGAAUCAAUGGAUCUGUUGAAGAACUCAGCUGCUGGAAACCAUGCAAAAUGUUUUGAAUUGCCCUUAAAAUAUGGAAAAUGUUUUCUGAAUGCUUUAUAUUCUUUCUGCUGUAAAUUAAAAAUGAAGAAAAUUUCCCCA